AAAUUGAAGUUAGUAAAGAAAUAGUUGCAAUUAAAAAAAGAACAGAAGUUAAAUAUAAUGAAGAAAUAGUUAAAAUUAAUAAUAAAAGUGAAGAUGAAAUUAUAUUAGGAGAUAAAGAUUUGAAUUAA